GAACAGCAGUCGAUUGAUAGUUGCAGUCUGCGAAAGACGUGCAUCGUAAAUAACUAACAAACAAUCAAGAGAAAAUCGAGAGCUAGACACGAAUAUAUCGUGUAUCGUUACGUUAUUAUUAGGAGAGAGAGAGAAUUUGUGUGUCCGCAGUGCGCUUUUAAUGGAAUGUUUGUACACGGUAUGGCAUUCUUGUAUGUACAGACAAGCAGCAAACGUGUGUUUUCUCUAUCUCUCUCACUUUUUUUUCACAUCAUCUCGACAGUCAUUCGAUGUUGAUCAAAAUUUCGUUUGAGAGAAGAAGAAAAAAAAAUUGUUACUGUUGACCUCGCCGCACAAAAGAUCUCACGCAUCUGUGAAUCGGUUUUUCAUAAUUUGCAAAAAAAAAAAAAAAACAUUGAAAUUUGAACGAAAAACAAUUGGAUGCACUUGAUCAGUUUGGUGUGAGAGAUUGAAAUAAAAAUUGUUUAUGUAACUGCAGGUAAAAAUUCAAAAGACAAUAACAAUAGCGAAAGUAUCGACUACGCACAAUAUAAUGGCAACAACGACGAUGGUAUCCGCAAAAACAACUGCAGUGCUCGUACAUUAACCAGGAAUAGAGUUGAAAUUUUUGUGAUUUUCUUCUGUGUUCUUGUUUGUUUGUUUGUUAAAAAAAAAGAAGCAUAGUGACGUGAUUUUGUUACCUUUUACCUUUAUUGACUUUUAUUGAUGUCGGCGUGUAUGUAUAUACAGCUUCGAUACAUAUAUGUAGAUUUACGAUUAACGUAUAGGCAAACUUGUUUGGAACAAAGUGUUAUGCAGCAUUUUUUUGCAAAUUGAUUUGGCUCCGACACACUUAAUAGUAUGAUUUUUUCUACAUUUCGUGUAUUUUAAAAAUUACACACACACAAAACAGAAUAUAGUGCGGUCAAUUCAUUGUGGUUACCACUGACAUACGCGAACAGUGAAAAGAAAUCGCGCCAAAUAAAUUAGAUGGUGAAAUUUUAAAUGUGUAUAAUUUUUAUAGCGUGUGUGUAUAGUACGUGAAUAAAAAUACGGCCGUUCAUGCCGUUGGUGAACAGUUCAUGCUAAUAAGUAGAACACGGAUGGCACUGAACAUUUUAUUUUUAUUCAAAUUUCUUAUAAUGCUGUUUUAGAUGAAUUACAAACAAACAGCUCUCUCAAUCACCGGUAUGUGAAAACCAAUCACAGAGGUUGUCACAAGAAGUUCGCGCGCAUACGACACUUGAAGGUGAAGUGUCAUGUUCUAGAAAAGUGCACCAUACAAAAUACCCAUAUUCGAAAAGCCAGAUAGAAACAGAGAAUAAAAAAAUAUAUAGAGGCGCACACACAUUCUGUAGGAUUACGAGGCUUUUGAAACGUUCAACCGAUUUAUUCUGACUUGCUUGUUUGUACAUUGUUUUUUUUUUGUUGUUGCCAUUUCUGUCUUUGAGCCACUUUUGCACUGAAUGCAAUGAGUGUUGUUGAAGCUGGUUACACAUGGCAAAAAUUGCCAAAAGCAACAUAAACACAGACGAUUCCAAUAAAGCCAUAGAGAAUCACAUGAAACACAGACACGCCAAGCGAAGAGAAGUAUGUGCAAAGGCCAUAAAUUAUUCAGACAUUCUACUGCAGUAACAAUGGUAAAGCAACCGCAUUUCGACUAACUAUAGCCAACUAACACAUGCAGCUAUUUUAUGUGGAUGCAGUAGCAGCAACAACAGCAUCCAGCAACCGAAAGCCAACAUAUAUUAUUCAGAAAUUUCAAAUCGAAUAGAUACAAAGAAGUCUGCGCUCACUUCAAAUUUUUUGCCAUCUGUAAAUGUGUGUUUGUGCUUUGGUAUGCCGUUUGUCAAACGAACGUGUGUCCACGUCGAUUCUCUUUCGCUCAUUCGCUCUUCAGCGACACACUUAAUCAGACCAAAUGGAUAUUGUGUAAACAGUGCAAUACGUGAAAUAAACUCUAACCUGUGCAUCGUGUUUCGCAAUCACGGACGAUAACCACGUCAAUGUUGAUCGGAUGAGUUUGUUGAAUGAAAUUGAAUGCCAACCGUCUACUUUUUAUUUGAAUUGUUUAAAGUAACUGUUUUCGCUUAAAUGAUUAGAUAACAGAUUGAAAUAUUCGGAUGAAACUAUAUUUGACUGAGAAAAAAAGCAAAGCUAUUCUGAUAAUAGCAAAACAAAACAAAAGUUUAUUGAAAUCGAUCUGAAAAAAAUAGUGAACAUUACAUUUAAUUUACAAUGACAGCAAAAUGAAAAAACAAAUACGGUUUUUAUCAAGACUACAAACUUGCGUAAAUUAUAUACCCAAUUAAGCGUUUUAUCUUACGCUCAUUCAAUGUGGUGCAGUGCAUAGGACCAGAUGCUAUAAGUGCAUAUCACUCUGUCUAGGGUGAUAAUCAGUCACACAAAAUACCCUGACUAAAAAGGAUCCUGGUUAUAUUGAUAGGCGGAUAUUGUGAUUUUAAAAUAUAAAUUAGUGAUUUUAAUACAUAGUUAAAACGUAUGAAAUUCAGUUUUUAUUUGUACUUAAUGUAAAAGUGCUGAUCAUUUUUAAUUUUUAACCAAGGCAUCCUCUUCCGAAUUAAGUUUGUUUUUCGCUUUAAACUAAAAAAAUGCCGCACAUGAAUCUCAUGUCUUAUUUUCGAAAUUCUGCUGGAGUUUUGAUGUUUUUUUGCCUCAUUCUAUACGUGGUCUGGACAUCAACAGGUGACUACGAACGAAGUUCGGUAGCAACAGUAACAAUAAAUGAAUCAACGUUUGUUUGCAAAGAAAAUUUCAUUGACACACGAACAUUUUUGGUAAAAAGUCCGAUAACACAUGGCACAGAUACAAAUGAAACAGGCAGCGAUAAUUUUAUGUCAACUACCAUCUACUUCAUAACACCUACAUACCCACGACGUGAACAAUUCGCCGAGAUUGUACGUCUCGGUCAAACGCUUAUGAAUGUACCAAAUUUGCAUUGGAUUGUUGCCGACGAUACCGAUUCAUGUAAUCCACAAUUGGAUGAGUUUCUAAACCGUUUCGGUAUGCCAUACACUCAUAUUUCAAGUCCGAUGCCGGAUUUUUAUCGAUCACAAAAACCGAUGCCAAGAGGUGUUGCCAAUCGUCGUGCUGCAAUCAACUGGAUUCGUCAAAAUGGCAAGAAGCCAGGCGUUAUGUAUUUCGGCGACGAUGAUAACACAUUUGAUUUAAGACUAUUCAACGAAAUUCGAUCGACAAAAGGUGUUUCUAUGUUUCCCGUUGGUUUAAUCGGCUUGUAUUCAGUUAGUGCACCAAUCGUUCGGCAUGGCAAAGUGAUUGGUUUCUUUGAUUCAUGGGUCUCACAACGAUUGUGGCCAGUUGAUAUGGCCGGUUUUGCUGUUUCAUUAGAAUAUUUGGAAAAGUCACCAAAUUCAACGAUGCCAUACAAAGCUGGAUUUGAAGAAGAUGGAUUUUUGAGAAGUAUUGGAUUGAGAAUGCAUGAAAUUGAACCGAAAGCGAAAAAUUGCACCGAAAUUCUUGUAUGGCAUACACAAACAAAGAAGGAAAAACCGGCACUCAUUCAUAUCGAUGACCGAAAUGUUGAAUCAGCUGACAGUAGUUUGGGGCCACUACUAAAAACAUUAGAGUCGUUAGGAGUUAGUCACACGAAUCCGUCAUCAGGUGUUAAGGCGCAGAUAGCAAAAAAUUCAAAAGCCAAGGACCUAACCAAUAGAACUGUCUAAUUUCGCAUUGCAAUGCUUAUUCGAAGGAAAACUAUACUUUAUAUGUUGAUAAAAAUACACACCAGGUGAUUUGUCAUGUUACGCGUCCAAAACUUUAUGCAAACAACCGUUUGGAAGUUCCAACCGGAGUCAAGAGCCACACUUUGAUAUAAAUAUUGAAUGAAAAAUUAAAAAUAUCAAGAGUUUUCUUUGGAAUGCAGCGACAACAAGUAGUCAGAAGGUUUCCUUUAAAUUAUUUAUAACGUAGGUAACCAGUUUAUAACAAUUACAGAUUAAGUGAAGAAAACGCUUUCAGAAUACAGUUUAGUUGCAACGACAUGGGCAUAUAAGUUAUGUAGAAUGAUGAUAGACCGUUAAAAAAAAAGAAUGUAGUUCAAUUUCACGUUCACUUCAAAACUUCAUUAAUAUUUACCUGGUGUUGACAUUCAAAUCAGUCAGCCAUGAAUUUCCAAAGCAUUGAUUUCAAUAAGUCCACAUCGCUACUACAAAGAAUUUAAACAAAUACUAUCAUUUCAUUGGAUGAAACCGUCGAAUUGUACGGUGUAGUUCUCAUUUCAUAUUUUAAAUUCGAUGAAAAAAAUAGAAUUGGCGAAGCGCGAGCGGAAAAUACACAUCACAUAAUUGACCUAGCAAACAAAGAGGCAAUUUAAACAAACAAAGCAUACCCACAAUUGUAUCGCAUACAUACACUAUACGCUGAAUCGUUUUUUUUUUUUGCAAAUACACCAAAGCCUUAAUUUUUUUCACAAUUUUUCUUUUAUAUAUUUUGCUUUAUUUCGUUUUUGAGUAUGAUAUAUUGUGUGUUUGUAGCUAUUAUAAAAAUUCAAAACCUAUAAUUGAGGACAAGUCAUUUUGAUGCGUGUACCAGUGUACCUACCUACUUCAUUCGUAUUUUAUAUGAAUCGUUGAGGAUGAAAAACAAGUAUGGGAAAUGUAAAAAUAACAAUGAAACUUAGAAGAAUUCCCCGAAUGAAAUGAGUCGAAGAAAACAAUUCAAUAAAAAUGAACCUUAAUUUUUUUUUCAAUGUGCAUUAAAAACUAUUUCAUGGCUCUC